AUGGUGCUGUUACAAAGAUGUCUGGUGUUCACGAGCUUGAUCUUUAUUCUCGAAUUCCGAAGUCUUGCUGGUGUUCCACUUGAUAGAGGAGAAACUCUGGUAAAGCGGCUGGCGGAUGACCUGGCUGUUCUCAUUGAAUACGAGGUGGCAAACGCAGGAAGCCCUCCGCGAUCCGAUGACUUGGAUCGGCUUAGGCUGCUGCAAGACAGGGUGCGCGUGGCUGAGGCCCUGGGUGUUGUGUCGGGCGACCAGAAUGACAUCCAGAAGGUGAUCCUAGAUCUGCAGGACAUGGCCGAAAAGCACAGGGCAAAAAGGGGCGGCGAUGACUGUGAUGUACCGGCUUGGUGUGGUUAUAGCGGCAAGUACGAGCCGUAAUAAUGAUGUCAUAUAGGAUGAUAUGUUACAUCUGAUUAAUCUAUCCUGAAUUUUGGCUUUAUGAACUGUAGAUUUCUUGGCUAUGAACAUGGUAUACAUAUGUAUACUUGUGUGUACUUAACAUAUAUCUC